GGCUGAGAACAUCAGACAUCACACCGGCAGAAGACAAUAUGUUUACACAAAGACAGACGUACGCGGAGCACGCCCUCCACUCAGCAAUGGCAGCACUGCUUCUCCUGACCACAACAGUGCAAUCUGCAAUGCUGACUAACAACCUCCCGACUACAGCAACUCCUGCUCUGUGGAACUCAUCAGUGACCACACAGCUCAUCAACGGCAGUAUGGAGAAACCUAAGGUUCUGCUCUCGAGCAGAUCGUGCAGAAGUGAACAUGAAACGUUCUGUGAAAACGAUGGAGAGUGCAUGUACCCCCAAGACAGCGACGAACCCUCUUGCAUCUGCAAGUCCUCCUACAGCGGGCGUCGCUGCAUGUUAAUGACCCACCUCUCGUACUCUUCACCUGAGUUGGAGCAACUGCUUGGCAUCAGUUUUGGUGUCGCCAUGCUGGUCAUUGUCCUGGCCUUCAUCAUUUACUGCCUUGCUAAUAAGAGGUGUAUAAAAUCAGCACCGCUCAAAAAAAGCUGCACCGUCUGAGUUGUCGGUGUGACCCCAUGUUUGCCAUCAUCUUCGUCAUCAUCUUCAUCAUCAUUAUGAAACAUGAACCAUCACACUGUAUAAAUGACAGCAUUGGCAAUGAUUUGCAAAGCAAUUAAGAGACCAUCUUUGGACUUUUUAAGGAGGAGGAAAGAGCAAACCGUGUCUAUUUAUGUUCAACAGAUAUGAUUCAUUGUCCUUUAAAGAAUGAGGGAGAACUAAUCUGAUUAUUUAUUGUAUUAUAGCAAUUAACUUAUUGAAAGUGUUCAAUUUAUUUUAGAUUUUGUAAUAAAUUUAUGAAAAAUG